ACACUUGCUUUUAUACUUUGGAAGUUGCGUGUGAAAGUGUUCUGAAAGUUGCUUUAUAUUAUUAAAAAUAGAACGGCUACAUUUCAAUUUCGUGGUGCUAAUUUUCGGACUAAGUGGCUGCAGAAAGAUAAAGACAAAUGAUUUAUCUUUGUGUUUGAAAUAACUUGAAGGUGUUCAAGCACCUGUCCUGUUGAUGUAACUUUUUACCAGGGGAUCACUGAGCUUACGACUCGUUGAGACAUGGAGCAGAUGCCAUCGGAUGAGGAGCUUUGUAUCGCAUCGCUGGCUGACCGACAGUCGGUGGUGGCCAUAGCUGAUGACGUGCACAGCGGCACCGACUACCUCCCCGCCACCUACCCCUCUCUCGUUGAAGGACCAGGGGUUCGAGGCUACAUCUACAAAAAGGGGGGAAAAGCUAUUGCUUUUAUGAGCACUCAGCUGACUGAUGGAGGCAGGACUUUGUUAGAGACUGCAGGAAGAGUGGUCAAGGAAUACAGAGGAAGGGGAGUGUAUGGGCGACUUCAAAGACUCGUUCGUGACAGACACCUCGGGUCGCCCCACCUUUGCUAUAUUAAUUUGGCACUCAAUGAAAUCAGCAUGGCAGUGUAUGGACAAAGACUUCUAAAAACGUACCAACAGGUAGCAGAGAAGAUGGAAGAAUUAUUCUCGAUCUGAAGCCAUACAGAGUGAUGGCAGCUAACGUGCCCCUCAUCACCAACACCUGCACACACCGCGUCUUCCUGGCUACAGACGCCAACAGUCCUCCCUUGGACACUGAUGCAUCUCUUUUACCGACAGUCCUGUCUGCAGGAAGCUACUGCACUUGCAGUAAAGGUAUCCAUUACAUAACAGACCUUUUCGGCGAGGGAAGUGACGAAGAACUGCGCGCGCAUAUCACGUGGCACCUGUUGCGAUCAGCUGACGUAGGAAACGGAAAUGUUGUCUUCAGCAUCUUCUACACCAGAGGGUUGGAUGAGACUAUCGCAGACCUGGGCAAGACUUUUCCACUGAGAACAUCAUGUCUGUGCUACAAGAAGCUGAUCGUGUUAGAACAAGAGUUUCGUCGAGGGUUGAACGACUCCGUCAGCACCCCAGAAUUCGUCAGUCGUCCUCAGUUCUAGUUGAGCGCCUGUAAUUUCAAUUUUCAUUAGGCUUGACAUUUUGUUUGUUGCUGUUGCUGCUGUUUUGGCUGACUUCAGUAUCAAAUGCAUUUUGCAUGACAGAAUAUAGAUGAAAUGAGUUAAAAUCCUGUGAUUUAACCUUAAUCACCUCAUAAUAAUACAUUUAUAGACAUCUACCCUUAGUGUGUAAUUAAAAAAGAGAAGAACGCAAGAAAAUAUUAUGAACAAUGUAAAUGGGCAAUAAGCAUCAAUAACUGUCUUAUAAUUAUGUUAUUAUUAAAGCAAGCACACACACACACAUAAUCUCUAACGCCUUCUGCCGUCAGCACUUUUAUUCGUUCCCCUACAUUUUCCUAUUGUUGUCUAGGAAAUCAUGAGAGACGGUUACAACACCUCAAAAUCAAUUUAUCACAGAUUUGAAACUUUACGAUAACAGUUUCUUUCACAGAUGAACAGGAGCAGAGAGAUUAAAUAUAUAGUGGGCGAGUUUUUAUUUCUGAUAUGUAAAACUCAGGUAUUAUUUUCUGAGGGAAAUAUCCUAUACCCUUGCUUCUGUUUUUAAUUAUCUAGGACCGUAUGUUAAUGAAGCGUAUCUGAAUACAAACGCAUCAUCACAAUUUUAAUUUCUUUCUACACAUUGUGAUGUUUGCAGGCUUGUAUCUUGAGAAUAAAAGGCUGGAG